UAAAAGUGAUAUUAUAAAAUUCAAUUAUUAGUAAACUAAAAGACAGCAAUUGUAGAGUAAUAAAUUGAAAACUAAACAAUAAAUUGUGGAAAAAUUUAUUGAUUACUAUCAAUUCGAUGGACAGGUAUUUAAGGAAAUAUAUACUGAAAUACUGAAGUCAAUCGAGCUAAGUAAUAAGGCGACUUAUUCAAAUAAUCGGACAAACAAAAUUGAAAUGUCAUUAAUGUGUAGUAUAACAAAUAUAUUGUAUGAGAGAAGACGUGACUAAGCGGUCAAAUGGUAAUAUAGAAAAAAAAGAUCCUACAGUAUCUAACAGUCACUCGUUGUGCUUCUUGGGCCCGCGGUGUAAAAGUUAGUUCAUAUGCAAUCUGACAACGUUGCCGCCAGUUUAUAAACUUACACUUAAUUUGAAUCUGUGGCCGUUAUGAAAAUAUUUGUUCCGUCUGCUGAAAAAGGUUGUAUGAAUAGGUCGCUCAAAUUUUCUAAAAAGAUUUAUAUUAAUAGACCGUCCGGUUGGGUUAUUUUACUAUUUGUUAUUGGUCGUCCGUUAGUGUAGUAGAUAAAUUACUUUUAUAAAAUGUAUGUUGUUUAUUAUAUCGGCCAAGUCAAUUUUCGGUAUAAAUUAUUCAAGCAUCAGUUUAACUACAAUACGGCCAUUCAGUCUGCUUCAUUGUCACCAAUUUAUGAAUCAAAUUUGGUGUCUGAAGAUUUACCUGACCCGGGCAAAGUUCUAGAUAGCCUAUCUAUGAGCAUGGAUUAUAUUAUUGAGCCACCUACAGCUUUUUCAGAUACGUCCACUCAGUGUUCUUUAUUGACACCUAUCACGGAUUCGAUUUUGCAGUAUAUAGAGUCAUUAUACUAUGUUUUUGGAAUUACCGAGACUAGCUCUUUAAAUGAGGUGCAUAAAGAACCUACGGAAUCAUUUAUGAAGUCUGCAGAAUUACCUGAUGAAGUCGCAGAUUUGGUUAUAGAAUUAAUGAAAAUGCGUCAAAAUGUAAUGCAACCAAAUUUAGAGUCACCUCCAGUUAUGACAGAUGUUUUUGGACAGUUUGGUUCAUGUGCACUGCUUUUACCGCUUGUAAUCCAACUUUCAACAUAUUUGUCCGGUUUAAGUAGCGGGACAGGAGGUCCAUUACAAUUAAUAAAAACUAAUGAAGAUAUAUGCCCAGUAGUCAAAGCAUUUCUUUUUGAGGUAAAUAUACUGUACAUUACACUAAACGAUCUCCAACAUUCUGAGGAAGAAAUUGCUAUUGUUCUGACAGCAAUUAAAAGAGGAUGUCGAUAGUUAAUUUUUGAGGAAUCUUUAAACUCACGGUACUAAGAAUAUAGAAAAUAUUGAUUGUGGUCAACUUCAUAGACCUAUUAAUAGUUAUUUAUAGAUCCAUUUCCAACUCCAGUUGAAGUUAUAAGCGUUGUAAAACUGAUAUAAAUUAGAUAGUCAACAUUAACUCCCGACGGGCAACAUUGAGAUAGCUGAUAGUGAGAGAAUAUUAGUUUUAUCCACAGAUAAAAUAAAUUGGCUAAAAUCUAGCCGGUAGAUCGCGGUUUUUAUUACGGAACUAUAAUGGAUACAUGUUACUAAUUGUUGUAAAAACUGAA